CCUGCCUACGGAGACAACAAUUGAUUUGUUCAGUAAAAAUUCAUCAAGAAGACACUGCUCUCUUAACCACAAAUCCCCCUUUACCAAAAUGGACAUUCCGACUUGUGAAACAGUGAAGUCUAAGAUUGAGGCUCUGAGAAAGACGCUCGAACAGGAGGAUGAGAUUCUGAGGGAGAAGGAGAAAAUGGCAGCUCACUCUGAAGCCAUGACUGGCAUACUGGCUGAAAUAAAGGCUCUGGAUGAGGAGCUCAAACAGGAGACUAGGUUUCUGAUAAGGGUGAAGGAGAUAGUGGCAGCUCGCUCUAAAGCCCACAAUGGCAAACUGGCUGCACAGGGAGACAAAGUGGAGGCUCUGGAAGAGGACAAUGUGGCUCUGAAGGAGAAGGUGGCCCCUUUAAUAAGGGAUUUCAGCAGGGUUGAGCUUGUGGUGACAGAGGUGGAGGAAAGGCAAGCUCACAGCCAAAAGAUUUACUCCAUGGACAAGGAGACUCAAACCAGCGAGCUGCCUCAGGAUGAGAAUAACGCUCUUCAAGAAGAGCUGAUGAAGCUCAGAGCCUGUUAUCAUGAGGUCUGUCAAAAUCAGACUACCAACCAGGAGAAGAUGAACACUGAGCUCCAGGAAAAGAACGUUCUCCAAGAAGAGCUGAUAAAACUCAGAGCUUCUUAUCAUGACGUCUGUCAAAAUCAGACUAUCAACCAGGAGAAGUUCAACACUGAGCUCCAGGUGGAGAAGCAGGAGAAGAACGUUCUCCAAGAAGAAAUGAUGAAGCUCAGAGCUUCUUAUCAUGAGGUCUGCCAAAAUCAGACUAUCAGCCAGGAGAAGCUCAACACUGAGCUCCAGGAAAAGAACGUUCUCCAAGAAGAGCUGAUGAAGCUCAGAGCUUCUUGUCAUGAGGUCUGCCACUGUCAUGAAGCUGAUCUUUCCAAUCGUCAGCUCAAUGGAGAGAGUAAGGAUGACGUCACUGAGGGGAAGUCUCUCUCCAGUGUUCUCCCUGAGAAACCAAAGAAGACUUCACUCUGGAAGAGAAUCCGCCACGCUCUGGGGUUGAGAAAACCACAGUGUUGGAAGAAAUCAGCAGCGCCCAUCUAA